AUGGGCAAUGCCCCGACAGCAUCUCCGGUAUCGAUCCUGGCCGCUGGUGCUGCAGGACCAUUUCUGCCUCCGUCUCCAACGCCUCUGAGUCACAGCCCCUUGUCUCUGCCUCCCGAGCGAAUUCCUCCACCUGAGCGAUCCCUGCCACCUCCCGAACAACCCCCACCGCCUCCCGAACAGCCUCCGCCGCCUCCCGAGCAAUUUUCGCCACCUCCCGAGGCAUUUAGCCCACCUGGGCCAUCUCCACCCCCUCCUGAGCAAUCUCUGUUGCCACCCGACGCAUCUCGACCGCCCGAGCCACCGCAAACCCUUUCUGGGGCACCUGCUUUGUUUGGCAAUCGACCGCGGCGCAUUCAUCGACCAACGUGGAAGAUUUUGGAGCGACUCCCGCCAACCGCGCCAAGAUUCGAGGAGGACGAGCGCAGCAUGGAGGACGAGCGCAGAACGGGCAUGGCAGCUGCGGCAGAUUCGGAAAGUGUCGGGCAGGAGCAGGUUGAGCCGCGUUCGAGUGAAUAUCACUGGGAGGGCAUUAGAACGGUCAGGGACGAUUUUGGAGUGUUUCGGGAAUAUCCCGCGCGACCAACUCACAAUCCGGAUCGCAAUAUCUCACUGGCAGACCAGUCAGACAUUCCACCCCCAGCCGAGACAGUCGUGACUCAUUCAUCGAGUCGGAUGUCUCCCUUGUCUGUCCCACCCGACCUCAUAUCGACUCAAGCAGCAUCUUUGGGCCCUUUUCGAAACUCGACAGUCCUUGGGUUCAUGCAUUGGAUGUGGACCGGGUCGGCUAUGAAGUCGAUUGCGGAAUGCACCCGCUUGCUACGAUUUCUCAAAUCCGAUGAGUUCAAGAAAGAGGACCUGAUGGACCUGGAUUUGAAGCGCGAGACAGCUCGAUUCGACGAGCAGAUUGGGCUUGGUGGGGUCAGCUCGAGAGUCGAGAGAGUGAGCCAGGUGCAGCAAGCGAGUAGCGGAGCAAAAGAUGGGUGGUGCGAGGCAGCUGUCAAGAUUGAUGUCCCGGAUGGUCGGAAACGUGGUCCGGAUGCUCCGUUAGCGUCUUUCAGUGUCCCUGGCCUCCACUUCCGGAAUCUCACACAUACGCUGAGGGCUGUGAUCCAGGACAAAUCAUCCCGACUUUUCCACUACACUCCUUUCAAGAAAUUCUGGCAGCGUGAUCCAGACUCCCCGGCUGAGCGGCUAUAUGAUGAGAUUUACACAUCUGAUGCGUAUAUUGAAGUGCACGAGAAGCUUCAACAACAAGUGGGCGAGCCUGGCUGUGAUCUUGAGCGGGUCGUCCUUUCAAUCAUGCUCUGGUCGGAUUCGACACAUCUGGCAAACUUUGGCACUGCUGCGCUAUGGCCAGUGUACCUCUUCUUUGGGAAUCAGUCAAAAUGGAUUCGGGGCAAGCCGCGGGCGGGAUGUAGCCAUCACAUUGCGUACAUACCCAAGCUACCACCAGAUUUUGCUGAUUGGUUCUAUGACCUCACAGGGAAUGCUCCUUCGGCCGAUCUUCUCACCCACUGUCGUCGAGAACUCAUGCAUGCAGUUUGGAAGCACAUCCUUGAUGAUGAUUUCCUUGCAGCCUGCGAGCAUGGUAUUGUGAUCACAUGUGCUGAUGGAAUUGAGCGCCGGUUCUACCCUCGCCUAUUCACCUAUUCAGCAGAUUAUCCUGAGAAGGUGCUCCUUGCAACAAUCCGCAAUCUUGGCUCUUGCCCAUGUCCUCGAUGCUUGAUAUCUAAAAGCAAGCUUGAUCAACUUGGCACUGUCCAUGAUGAGAAGGCACGGACACAGUCUGAACGCAUUGACUCUGAGGUCCGCCAGACAUGGAUCUCUAGGGCGCGGACUUGGAUCUAUCGCCAGGCCCUGAAAGUCAAGAGCAAACGAGUUGAAGGGCUGCUUUCUGGCCAGUCUUGGUGUCCAACAAUUAAUGCAUUCACAAAGGCAGCUUCAUACAGCUUUGGAAUUUUCACAAUGCUUGUGGUUGAUUUCAUGCACGAAUUCGAACUUGGUGUUUGGAAAGCAGUGUUUACCCAUCUCAUACGCAUUCUUGUUGCAGUUGGUGGUGAUGCUGUCCACUCUUUGAAUGAUCGAUAUCGUCAAGUACCAGCCUUUGGCCGAGGAACAAUACGACAUUUUCAUGAAAAUGUGUCAGCAAUGAAGAAGCUGGCUGCUCGCAACUUUGAGGAUCUACUUCAGUGUGCCAUGCCUGCAUUUGAGGGCCUGCUAGGUGAAGAUGUGAUGGAUGAUAUUGUGCAAGACCUUCUCUUCACACUUGCGCUGUGGCAUGGGUUGGCUAAACUCCGAUUACACACUGAUUCCACUCUGGCCCUUUUGAAGCAGACCACUCGUGAACUUGGCACACUGCUUCGCAAAUUCAAGAACACUGUUUGUCAGCACUUUGUCACAUUUGAACUGCCCAAGGAAGAGGCAGCUCGAGGCCAACGAAAUGCACGGAAGGCUGAAGCUGCCAGAAAAGCAGGCAACACCACACCAAACCCCAAGGCCACCAGCAAAAAACAGAAGGAGUUCAACUUUCAGACUUACAAGGCUCAUGCACUGGGUGACUAUGUUCGCACAAUCUCAUUUUUUGGCACAGUUGAUUCCUAUUCUACUCAGACGGGCGAGCUUGAGCACAAGCGUGUGAAGAGCUACUAUGCUCGGACUAAUAAGAAUGAAGCUGAGAAGCAGAUCACCCAGCUGGAAAGGCGGGAGACAGAGCUGGACAAGAUAAUGCAACAUCAACAAGCUUCACUUCUCCCAGUCAUACCUCCUGUGACAGCAGGGCCACACCAGGACUCAGAGACAAUGCAGCAGCCAGUAGUGUCCUCAAAGAAACGGAAAGCAGCCACUGGAACAGCUUUCAAAACACCUAGUCCACCACAACGGCUCCCCACACUAGCCUUUGCCGAGUCUGAAUCACUUCCGUACACCGCUCCAGAAGCUCACCAUCAUAUCUCUCUUCGGCGGGACUACCAUCUUAAUCUUGGCUCGUGGUUAUAUCAACACAGUGCCGACCCUGCUGUCAAGGAUUUCAGACCCAAGCUUCAUGAACAUCUGCUUGCUCGGCUGGAGCAUCCCAUGUACUCUGGCAACGGUGAUGAGUUCACGACAGAACAACGGAACAACAUCAUAAUUGCUGAUGAGCGACUCUACAUUCACAAAGUACUGCGAGUCAACUACACCACUAGCGAUGUCCGACGAGGUCAAGAUUCGAUGAAUCCACGAGGGAAUGCUGACAUCAUGAUGUUAUCAUCCCAGCCAGAGGCAGUGGACGGAAACCGAAACGCUCACCCCUUCGAAUAUGCACGUAUCAUUGGGAUCUUCCACUGCGAAGUUCGUUGGCGACUUGAUGGCUAUCUUGCUCCUGCGGUGCCUGUCGCAUUUGUUUGGGUUCGUCGAUUCGAGAUUGACCUAACCUUCCGUGGGGGAUUCAAGCGGAAACGGCUGCAUCGUGUUCAGUUCAUGCCAGAUUCAGAUCCUCGCACAUACGGGUUUGUAGAUCCUGAUGAGAUCAUCCGGGCAUCCCAUCUCAUCCCGGCGUUUGCACAUGGGCCAACAGAUAGAGUACCAUAUACAACCCUGGCACGCCGACCUGACGAGUUCAAUGACUGGCGAUAUCACUAUCUCGAGGACGAAGAAGAUACCGAUGCUGCAGAUACCAGCCGCACCGUGACAGACUUAGCUCAGCAAGACCACGACUCAGAGGAUGAUGUCAGCCCUGACCGUGACUCAGACAGCGAGGAGGACCCUCCAGGCGACAAGAGCGAUGUGGAAAGUGAGGGUGAAGACGCCGAGUUGUAUGGUUCUGAAGACGGAGAUGAUGAGCCUGAUGAAGAUGAGUUGGGCCCAGAGGACGGCGAGGAUGGGCACUUGCCACUGGAUGAGGAAGCAGCACGGCUGGGAUACAGUGAGCUGUAA